CCACGCGCCCAGCGCAGUGCUCGGACUGCGCGCGCGCUUCGGCUGCUCCCCAUCACGGAGCGGACGCCCAUUGGUCGCCGCUUUAACUGGGGCCACCUGUGGGCGCCAAGUUUCGCUCCCUUAAAACCACUGUAUUUUAAGUAUAUUCCGUUUCCUGCUAUUGGCACGGCUAGUGUUAGAAAGAAAGAAAGAAAAAAAAAAGUUUUAUGCGAUUUUUGCGUCAGCUGCCGUGUUAAUAUAUUAAUUAUAAGCAUAAGUUUAGUCAACAAUUAUGUCUGCGCUCUCAGAGAAAAUGGCCGUAAACGAGUCGGGCGCGUCAGAUAAACCUGUUUCAACUCUAUGGGGCUGUGAACUGAACGGAAAGAACAGGAGCUGCACGUUCAGGGUGGACGACACGAAAUUCGAGCAUCAGCUGGCGCUCAGAACCAUGUGUCUGGGUGCCGCUGCCGCAGCGGACGAGUUCAAUGUCGUGGAGCUGGUGACGGAACAAGGAGGAGAAAGCAAAGCUUUCCCGUUGGCCACACUGCGAGCUUCCGUAAUGUUAACGGUGAACCUCUCUGGCAUGGAACUGUCCCCACCGGUCACCUUCCGCCUGAGAAGUGGUUCGGGACCCGUACACGUGUGCGCGGAGCACGUCGCCUUGGAAGAAUUCUCAGGUGAAGAAGGUGAAGAAGAGGAACUGGGUGAGGAGGAGGAGGAAGACGAAGAGGAGGAACCUUCCCCUAAACCUGAGAAGAAACAGGCAGCAAGGAGUGCAGGCAAGAGAAAGAAGCCAGAAGAAGCAGAUGAGGAUGUUGAUGCCUCUAAUGACAACCCCCCUAAAAAGGGGAAGGGAAGAGGAAGGAAGCAACUGGGUAAAAGUCCCUGAGGUGACAGGAAAGCCACUGGCAUCACUGGUUUUGUGGGCAAGCGACACACUUGCAUGCAACUUCUGAUAACUGAUAUCAACACUUCUGAUGCAUUGGCCCCUUCCUGUUUGAGUUCAUAUCCCUGUUUGCCUUUUUCAGGUUAAGUUCAUACUGAAUGGUUGUGUAUUGUCGGGGGAACUUUGAAGAGGCUCAGUUCUAUUUGUAAUUUUUUUCCAUGAAGUGUGGCUAGUAACACUGGGCUUUGUCAGACUUCCACAGGUUUGUGUUUUGCUGUACCCUUUGUCAAUUGUAAAUAAAGCUGUGUUUGCCAAAUUGCAGCUUGCAGUCUCUAAUGCUACUGCACAGUUAAUCAGGUUGGUGCUUUACUUAGGUAGUGGUAGUAACAGGUAGUUUACUUUUGCCUGGGGCCCUCCUUCACUUUACAUGCCUGGUGACAUGGCUAAAUAGGGGUGG